CACCUUAAAUUUGUGUCAUAUGCUUCGUUAAAAUGCAUAACUCGUUCAACGAAUUAACCUGCCGAUUAAUUAAUUGUUACGGUGAAAACUUGCCUAGAAAUACUCGUAUUAAACUAUGCACCCGGUGCGAAUUGCAUAAAGCUGGCUUGAAUUGCUGUUGCUUGUGUUAUCCAUACUUUUUCCACGUUCCGUAGACGAUCUACAGCUUUAUCCGUGUUUUAGUUUUUUUUUUAUAAAAGCAAUGUCGACGAAUAUUUGGAACGACCGCUUGAGACCGAGAAGAAAUGCUCGACUGUCGAUAAUGUCAGCAGAGACGCCGGCCAUGACUGGAGAGGAGCGGGGCCCGACCGCCCCGCCGCCGCCGCUGCCCAGGGACCUCCUGGACGCAGUGGACGCUGUCGAUACGCCGCCCCCGCCGCCGCCCCCGCCCGCCGACGGCCGCCCACGAGAUCUGCUCGACCACAUCGACUCGACGUCGGCGACAGCGACGGUAACGACCGCGACGGCGGCGACUGCGACGGGUGACGACGACACAGACUCGCAAGACGCAUCGAACGAAACGGGCGCGGCAAACGUGACCGACAAGGUAGAACGGUCUGGGGAAAAGGCUAUCGCUAAGAGCGCAGAGACAGACACGACAGAGGCUGAUGUUGCUGUUAACGCUGAGUCUGCGCCGCUGAAGGUGGAUCCUGUCCAGGGUCCAACCGAAGAAGUGACGUCAGAGGCAAGGACGAGCGGGGAAACGCAGGCGGAGACGGAAGCGAAGACGGAGGCGGAGAAGGAGACGAAGGAAGAAACGGAGAUAAAGGCGGAGACGGAGAUGGAAGCAAAGGCAGGGGAAAAGGCGGAGACGGAGCACACCACUUCGUCAGCAGAGGCGGCGGAGGCAGCAGCAGAGUCGGCUCCGAGGGCCGUCUCGUCCGGGUCCCUAUCGGAGGAGCGGGACUCGGACGACGCGGAACUCGAACCGCAGCCUGCUCCGCCGGCAGAGGUGCCGCCGACGGACCGUGACGCCUCGGUGGAGAGUCCGCCCAGCGCGGCGGAACCGUCCGCUCAACCCCUGUCUCCGGGCGAGGGAGACUCACCAGCAGAGGAGUGUGAAACUCAACCAGAGGUAGCAGAGAAACAAGAGAUUCAAGAGGAAGAGAGGCGAACUGAGAUUACAGAGGGACAGGAGGAUGUCUCAGAGGAGCAGGACUCGCAGCUGGAGGAUCAGAGUGGUGCUGCUUCAGAACAGAAGAUGGAGGUCUGUGCGGAGUCACAGAGUGUUUCUGUGGAGUCGCCACAGCUAGAGGAGGUUUCCCCUCCGUCGGAGGUAGAGGUCUCAUCAACUGAGACCAGUCAGGAGUCCACAUCAGAGGUGGCCGCGCCACCGCAGCCAGAGACCGUACCUGUGAACGGAGAGCAUCCGUUGUCAGAAACAGAGAGGGCGGCGGCUGCCGACGCUGUCGCCAUGCCGGCACCGGCCACGGCUUCAUCCGCAGAAUCUUCAUCAUCGUCAUCGACUUCAUCAGUAGCGGCGUCAUCAGCGGCGUCGUCCACAGCGUCAUCGACAGGCCCGGCGGCGGCGGUGGAUGACGGCCGGAAGCAUCGGAAACAGCCGAACCUGCGGGCCGUACCUACCCGCAGUAACCUGAAGAGGAAGAGCGACGACACGACAGGUGACAGCGCACCAAAGCGGCCGCGGCGGGGCAUCCAGUUCGACGGUGUCACCGUGUUCUACUUCCCGCGCGCGCAGGGGUUCACGUGCAUCCCGUCUCAGGGCGGCAGCACGCUGGGUAUGGCCGACGAGCACAGCCACGUGGAGCGCUUCACGCUGACUGACCAUGUCAACGAACAGCGGAUGGCACACCGAGAGCUGCUCACCCGGCUGAGGGUCAAACAGAGGAAGCUGCAGCGUCUGGCGCCGUUCCAGCCGUCAGCCAGCAGCAGUGAGGAGAGUGACGCCGGAUCGGAGGAGGGCAGCGACCUCUCCGACUCGGAGCUCGACGUCGACAGCUACUUCUUCCUCAGGCCGGUGUCGACGCGGCAGCGGAGGGCACUCCUGCGAGCCUCCGGGGUGCGUAAGAUCGAGCCGAUGGAGAAGGACGAGUGUCGAGACAUCCGUACCUCGCGCGAGUUCUGCGGCUGCGCGUGCAAGGUGGUCUGUCGGCCGGACAACUGCCAGUGUGCAGGUGCCGGCAUCAAGUGCCAGGUGGACCGACAGAACUUCCCCUGCGGCUGUACCCGAGACGGCUGCCAGAACCCUUCCGGCCGCAUCGAGUUCAACCCCAGCCGCGUGCGCUCACACUUUGUCGAGACCAUCAUGCGCGAGCAGCCUCCACCGCCGGCGCCCGGUCCAUCGGGGCCGGGCCCGGGCGGCGCGGGCGCCGCCGGCUGGGCGAGCUGCGGCUGGCAGAAGACGGCCGGCUGCGCCGCCUCGCCCGGCCAGCAGUACAUGGCCGAGCAGGAGUUCCCUAACGGCGGCUACGCGGCCACCGGCGGAGGCGCAGCGUUCGCCGAGCUGUCCGCCCCAUACCAGGAGGAUUCGUCCUACUCGGAGAACAGCGACGGCAGCAGCGACGGCAGCUACGAGACGGCCGGCGCGGCGGUGGCAGCCGCGCCGCCGCCCGCCUACCAGCCGCCGCAGACGCAGUCACACUACUCGAGCUUCUCGUUCGAGGGUGGUUUGCAGAACUACGGGGCGCUGCCGGGCGCGGCGCCGCCCUACCAGACGGCGGCGCUGUCCGGCUACCCGCAGCCGUACACGGUCUGCCAGAGCUACACGGCCAGCUCGCACUACCCGGCGCCGGCGCCGCACUACAGCUACCCGUUCAACAAGUACCCGACCUCGGGGCCGGGCCCGGGCGGCGGCGGCGCGCCGGUGGCCAGCGCCGCGCCGCCGGCCGCCGGCUACCCGCCGUCGUGCGGCUACCCGAGCUACCCGGCGGCGGCCGGCUGCUCGUACGAGCCGGCGCCGCCCGUGUACGCGGCCGCCGGCCCGUACGACCCGGCCGCCUGCUCGUACCCGGCGGCGGCGCCCGCGCUCGAGUCGCUGGCCGACCUGCUGCAGGACAAGUUCGGCGGCUGGGCGGCGUCCGGCGCCGGCGGCGGCGGUCCGACAGUCACCUCUGCCGCCAGCACGGCCAGCACCGCGUCCUACUGCGGCACGCCGCCCUCCGAGGACUCUGGGGUCGAUGUGGACGAGUGCGCAGCCAAGCACGCGCCGCCCGCGGACGAGAACAUUGGCCAGAUUAUGAAGAAGACAAUGGUUGAGAGCGUGUCGGCGUGA